AUGUGUUGGUUGCUUCAUGUGAUGAUUUUCUAUGUGCACAAGUUACUGUCAGCUAUGGAAGAACAACUUUGUGCUGGUGACCUGGACUCAUGUUUAAUGGAUAUCGUUGAUGUGUGUACUAUGGACUUAUUUGGUAAUGCAGCUGAAGAGAAAAAUGUGUCUGGCAUUACCAAAGAUGUACCAGAAGCAAAAAUACAACGAACAUAUGAGACAUACAGAUUACUUGGCCGAUAUAUAAGUUCCCAGUAUCUUGGCAAUGUUCUAGUAGUCUUGAAAAAGGUUGUAGAAUCUGCACCAGAUGCAAAAACAGUGCGUAAAGUAAAUCGCUUGUUGUGGCAGUAUUCACUGGGAAUAUCGACCAAUGAGGGAAUUGAACCUGAAGUUGCGUUGGUAUUUGCAUAUCAACUCUUAAAUGAUCAUAUAACAGAAGUUCUGAAGGAGACUAAAAGCGGUAUUCAACAUGACACACAACCAACAAAGGAAGGAAGGCGUCUAGAAAGUUGCUUGAUUUUAGAAAAAGAACCUAAUCGUGUAGGAGUAAUUGUCAAAGUGUCCACAAAGAGCAAAAUGCAUAUUUUUGUUGAAUUUGGUCUCUCUGAGCUGUACCUGGUGUUAAAAAAGAAGACUUUUGAUGUAGAAUCCAGGGAUGACAUUGCACGAUUGGAUCCAUUUGUCCAUAUUAUUUUGCAGUGUUUAAAGCUAAAAUAUGACAAGAUCCUUGUGCAUUCUCUACGAUGCUUCCUGAUAUUGCUCAGAUUUCCUCUUCCUUCUUUGCGAUCGAUGAUAACUCAGUUUCUAAACCAUUUAUUCAUCUUAUUAGCUGAUUAUACAACUUCGGAUGCAAUUAGCAACACUCAAGAAUAUGUCGGAAAAUCUGUUGAAGUUUCUCAUCUGGUGUUUAAGGCUAUUACACAAAUAAUAAAAGAUGCUCCUUCUCUUGUGCUUACAUCGAAACGCUUGCAAUUAUUGUUGACCUAUGUUGAGACCGAUAUUGUUGAUAGUCAGAAGCAGGCAGUAGCAUUCCCACUUAUCAAGGCAAUCAUCACCCGAAAAUUUCAGGAUCCAAAGAUCAUCGAAAUCGUUCACUAUCUCGCAGAAACUGCCAUUAUAUCAGAAGUUUUGCAUGUUCGAGAGCAGUGUCGGCAGAUAAUAACGCUGUUUGUUGGCAACCAUCCGCAGUGUAAAAACCCAUCGAAAUAUGUUGAAUUCUUUUUGGAACAACUUGAUUACCAGCAUGAAGAUGGCAGAAGGUCUGCACUUGAAAUGCUGAGCAUAUUUUUCGAGAGGCUUACAGUGGAAAUUAAUGAUCGUUAUGCUUUAUUAGCGUUUGUGAAACUAGCAGCUCGAUUAAUGAAUGAUGAAAGUACAGAAUGUCGUCAGAUGGUUGUGCUGACUAUAGAUAAAUUGAUAAUAUCUGUAUCGGAAUCUAAGCGAAAUGACCUAUAUUUGGCAACAAGGGACUGGCUAGAAAAAUUGUUACCCACGCUGUCGAAAAUUGUCCUUGCUGAUAUUUUAUAUUCAUAUGCUGAAGAAAGUAUUAGUAUCAUUAUUGAUAGCCUUAAUUUGUUGAUGAGUGAACGCAAAAACCAAACAAUGCAGUUUGCUGCAGAAGGAUUACUGGAUUCCAUUUUAAGAGAAAUGGGUCCGUUGGCGCGAUGCAGCAAUUCGCCUACUGUUCAGUUAUCUGCGGCUCGAUUUCUUGGCUCAUUGUUUUCCAUUUUUAAUAAAGAAUACAUGUUAUUACGAAGCGAUCCAUCUCCUCGAGAGUUCAUUCAGUGGACAUUGGCACAGAUGAAAACUUACCGACUAACUGGUGAACUAGCUGAACAGAUAGCGAAGAAUUUGGUGUAUCUUUUUGACGUAGUUUUGCAUUCAGAUGAAGAUGUUCGAUGGCUUUGUCAUAGACUUAGUGUGUUGUGUAACUUUGAAUUGGUCAAGUUACCAGCUGAAAUCGUUCGAAGGAUUAAUGUUUUCAAAGUGACAGCAGUUAUCGUUUUGAAAAUUGAUGCUAAUCGAAUCGAUGUUGUGUUACAAUCAUUAUUACCUUCUCUCUAUCGUGAAAUGCAAGGCAAAUCAACGCAAAACACUGAAAUAUUACAAAAGGUCGCGACAGAUGUGGCGGAAACUAUAAAAGGAAGAAUUGGUGAUGAGGAAUUUACAAAACGCAUAGCUGAGUGCAAUAAAUUAUUUGCAUCCAAAUUUGAAGGAAGGAAACGAAAACAAAAGGAGGAAACUGUCUUGGAUCCGAUCAGUACAGCAUGGAAAAAAAUUCGAAAAAAUAAAAUGAAACGAAAUAUUAAAAAAAGACGAACGGUUGAAUGA